AUGGGAAGAUUGAAAAAGGACAACUUGAUCAUUGAUGCCGCCACGAUAGGGGAUGGAGAAGCAUUUUGGUCGAAGGAAGUUCAGAUUCAAGCUGAUGCCAUCACGAAUGAGGCUGUUUUCGACGCCUUCAUUACUCCUUUCUUCAGCACGAUCUUACACAGCUGUGGCCUGGUCUUCGUCAACAGCGAGAGAUAUCAAUGGUUGUCCCAGUCCACGCUUGUGGCCAAGAAUACAGAUCUCAAACCGGAUGGAUUUGCGACUCAUCGCGGGAUGUUUCGUGGCAAGCCAGUACCAAAUGAUGGAGUGCUACGUCCGAGUGGAUUUCGAUUUGGAGUAGCUGAGGAAGAAUUGUUUGACUGCCUCAUUCUAUUCGAGAGCAAGCUGACCAUAACUGAUGCUGCGUUUGGUCAAGUGGCACGAUAUCUGGAAACUCUUUCCCCUGAGGCGUCAGCAAGCGCAAUUCUGUUUGAUCGUCGCUCGUUUUGGUUGAUCACAAGCCACAAAGCGGUUAUUGUCAAAGUCCAAAUUGGCAUGUGGGCCAACAAUGGCUCGAAAUCAUUGUUUCAGAACUUUAUCACUGACAAUGUAUCUCCAUGGGCGGCGCGCUUGACCCUUGCUUGCUCUUGUUUGGGCGUUGAUGUGGUGGAAGGCGAUGCGUUUCUUGGCCGUGGCGCCCAUGGACGCGUGUUCAAGGUCACUCGACAAGAUGGGGAGGUUGUGGCGCUAAAGAUCGUGGAGAAAUGUUCCGUGGGACGUCUUCAUCAAGAGGAGAAGGCCUUGACGAGUGCCCAGCACACAGGCUUGACGACUAGACCUGUGGAAAACCUUAUCGAAACUCCUGAGAGUGCGGCGUUAUUGCUGUCUCCAGUUGGGAAGCCUCUUUCUCGACCAAGUACACGACAGGAAGUACGGAGCCUCUUUGGACUGUUAUGGCAGCUCCACGCGAAUGGCCUGGUCCACGGAGAUCCUCGCGUGCCAAACGUGAUCCUUCACGGGGAAAACCUUCUCUGGAUUGAUCUUGUUGAAGUGAUGGAAGCGAGCUCCACUUUGAAGCGAUUUGAUGCUGAAAUUCUCACACGGUCCAUCCUCAGCGUUUCUCGAACCGGUGUGCUGGAUCAGACGCUGGUGCAGCUGAUUGACGAAUAUAGCGAAAGAGCUACAGGAGAAAAUCUUGAUCGUGUGGCCGAGGCAGUCUGUCAAAAGCUUGGUGCUUCAACUUAG